CCACCGUCUCUGCCAUCCUCGCAGCUCCGGUAAUCUUGGAGCUUCCUCUCAUCCAUGGCCGCUAACGACUCUGCACGCCUCUACGCCGCCGAAACGCAGGUCGCAAUCGCCGCGGUGCGAAGGGCGUGCGUCCUCACCGCGUCGGUCUUCAACAAGCUUGUCAAGCAGGAGACUCUGACGAAGGACGAUAAGAGCCCGGUCACAGUGGGCGACUUCUCCGCGCAGGCGGUCAUCAACACAAUCCUCGGCCGUACAUUCCCGGACGACCCUAUCGUUGGGGAGGAGGAUGCUGCCGAUCUUCGUGUAGAUUCUGGGAAGGCGCUGCGCGAUCGCAUCGUCCAGCUCGCGAACGAGACUUUGACGGCGGAGCUCCGGCCUGGAGAGAAGGAGGAAUGGGGAUUGGGGCCGAACCAUGCGCGGACAGCUGACCAGUUGUUGGACGCGAUUGACCGCGGAAACUACGAUGGUGGUCCAACAGGACGAAUUUGGACCCUCGAUCCUAUCGACGGCACAAAGGGCUUCCUCCGCGGUGAGCAAUAUGCCGUCUGCCUCGCGCUCCUCGUCGACGCCCGCGUCGAGCUCGGCGUCAUAGGCUGCCCGAAUCUCCCUGUGACGGCCUCGAACCCCUUCAGUACGCGUGGCUGCAUCUUCUUCGCGGUGCGCGGGCAGGGCGCAUACCAACUCCCGCUUGACAACGCUUUCGGUGGGGAGCGGACGAAGUUGGCGAUUCCGUCGUCCACCCCAGAGACACUGAACUUCCUAGAGAGCGUAGAGAAGGCACACUCGAAGCUGAGCUUCAACGAGCGCGUCGGCGAGAUUCUGGGCGUGACGCGGGCACCGACGAGGAUGGACAGCCAAGCCAAAUAUUGUGCGCUUGCAAGGGGCGACGGAGGUGUGUAUCUGCGGAUGCCGGUCGGGUCGGGGUACAAGGAGAAGAUCUGGGAUCACGCAGCCGGGUCGAUACUUAUCGAAGAAGCAGGCGGCGUCAUCUCGGAUGGGCGGGGGGAGCCCCUCGAUUUCGGCCUCGGGCGGUUGCUGGGCGAGAACUACGGGAUCGUGGCGUCUGGGAAGGAUGUCCACGAGAAGGUGAUCGCUGCUAUCAAGCAAGCGAAGGCGGAGGAGGAGGCGCAGAGCCGGUCGUAGGAUUGUCUCUGUAAUCUCGCACACCAGUGGCGCCUUAAAUGGACAUAGAUAUGGAUGAAACUUCGUGCCAGUUGACGUAGUAAAGAGGAGCAGGUACUGAGACUGGAGUAUUCGAGGAUUAUGAUGC